AUGACAAAUUAUUUACUGGAGCCUGCUUUCAUUGUCGGACAAAUUGACGAGAACAUUAACCUUUCUCUGCCUCCAGCUUCUGGAGAAGAAUACAUCAAAAGAGUAGUAAUAGAAGCACAGCAAUGUGCUGGUGUUGUUGUAGCUGAUGUCGAUAAAAAACGUUUUGCAAAACCCACGAUUGAAGUGGAACCAUUAUCAGGAUGUGUGAAAGCACCACCAUGGCUUGGUCCUACACUGAAUUGGCAAUUAUACCAAGUAUCAGACUUUUCAAACAUUAGAUUGUACAUAAGUCAAUUGAAAAAUGAAAUUCAGUCAGCAAAACGUAAAUGGAGACCUUUAAAGAUCGAUAUGCCAAAUAUAGAUGAUGAAAAAGGUUGGAUCAAAUUCUGUUCAGGUAGAGAGGAGACAAGGAUAGUUCCAACGCUAAAUGCAGUUUUUUGUUUAAAUCAACCAAUGGUAGAACAAAUAUUGGAAUAUUUGGUGGAAUACAUUGAAACACAGACAAAAAUCGAUUAUGAAUUGGGUCAAUGGAUAUACGCGUUGUUGGUUGUCUUAGAGAUGCCAUUAACACCGGACAUGUGUUCUUGUUUACGUUCUCUAGCCAGAACGUGCUCAGUAAUGCGUGCAAAAUCGAAGAAACUGGAAGUACAUGAAAUAGGAGCACUGAAUUUAUUUAUAUGCCUAGUUGCAAGAUAUUUCCGCCAGUUGGACUUGGCCGAUCCUGGAGAAACUUGUGUUUAUUAAAGUGCAAUUACAAUUAUACUUUUAUGUACUUUUUAAUGAAAUUGAUCUUUUGAUAUACAUCUAUGUUGUUCUUGCACACCUUCCCUUAUGAUCAUUUAAAAUACACUACUGGUUACA